CCAGACCCAGCUUGUGCAAAAGAGGGAGCUAGGAGGCGCCACGCCGGGCAUCAUGGUUCGCCUGUUGGCCUCGGAAGUUCAGCAGCUUCUCCACAACAAGUAUGUGGUCGUCCUUGGGGACUCUGUGCAUAGGGCGGUGUACAAGGACCUGGUGCUCCUGCUGCAGAAGGAUUGCCUGCUCACUCACAAGCAGCUCAGAACCAAGGGGGAGUUGACAUUUGAAAAAGACCAGCUGAUGAAGGGAGGCGAGCUGGAUACCCUACACAACCGCACCGACUACCGCGAGGUUCGCGAGUUCUGUUCCGACCAUCAUCUGGUGCGCUUCUAUUUCCUCACGCGUGUCUAUUCGGAGUACAUGGAGACAGUCCUAGAGGAGCUGCAGUCUGGCACGCAUGCCCCAGAUGUGAUCAUAAUGAACUCUUGCCUCUGGGAUGUCUCCAGGUAUGGGCGGAAUUCCUUGAGUAGCUACAGGCAGAACCUGGAGAGCCUGUUCGGGCGCAUGGACCAGGUACUGCCCAAGUCAUGCCUGCUAGUGUGGAACACGGCCAUGCCUUUGGGUGACAAGAUCAAGGCAGCCUUCCUCCCACAGAAAUGUAAGGGCCAGUACCGGAUCUCGGUAGCCACCCUGAAAAAAAGAGUGAGCCAAGCCAACUUCUACAGCCAUGCCGAAGCAACAAAGCGCUGCUUCGAUGUGCUGGACUUAAAUUUCCACUUCCGUCAAGCCAAGAAGCACCUGCAGGGGGAUGGGGUGCACUGGAAUGAGCAUGCACACCGUAGACUCUCUUACCUGCUGCUGGCCCACAUGGCCGAUGCCUGGGGGGUGGAGUUGCCCCAUCGAGACCCGUGGAGGCCUGAUCCUGUGGCAUGGGAAAGUCCAGGCCUGGUAGAGGAAUGGCACCCCCAGGCCAAUAGAGGUCCUCAGGCCUUUGCCCAGGCUCCACCCAUGCCUCUUCCCAGGCCACGCCCUCUAUUCCCACCUCCUGGCUUGCCCUUAAGGCCCCCACCCCUACUGUCGUGUCCCCUACCCCCGCCUCAGGCAACACCCCCAUUACCACUAUAUCCACAAGAUACCUAUUUUUCCUCAGACCAUGUUUUCCAUUCAGAUGAAUUCUAUAUUCAUUCUGAAGGCCCUUCACCUCCCCACACAGGAUAUACCUUCGAGGGUGACUUUAGUUUUUAUCCCCAGCCACCCGUUCCCAACUUCCGCCCACCCUGUCACCAGCGCCAGGCCCCUGUAGUGCACAGGGGCUUCCCAAGGCGUUUUGCUCAUGGCCCCUAUACACCCUGGAGAGAGAGGCCCAGGCGACCACAAAGACAUGCCCCACCCUGCCUAGAGUCAAGGCCUCAAUAGUCUGACUUAAACCCCUUUACCUCUGGAUGGGGCCUUGUGAUGCCUGACUUUCCCUUUCAUUGUCACUGUCUACACACACUGACCUUGCUAAUUUAAGCCUAGCUAGCCCCCAUCUUGAACUUCUCUUUGUUGACUGCUGUUAGAAACAAAGAAGAGCAAACUGGCCCACUCCUACUGCCUGAGGAGGUCUCUUCCCCCUGAGUGACCAAGCAAGCCUUCUUUACUACCUCCCCCCCUCGC